GAAGGUAAAUGCUUCACGCACAGUCUGACAGUUCCUUAUGGGAUUUUACUGUGGAGGAACAAGAAUGGGUGAUUGGCGGCCAUGUUUCACGCACAGUCUGACAGAUAGCAAUGAGAUUUUGUCAUAAGAGUGAGUAGAGGCAUUACUUUCGUAUUCGCGAAUUUAAAUCCAGCUGCAACGCUGCAACAUCAGUAGUUCGUGAAUCUGAAUCACUCGGUUUCUUAUCGCCUUUCAUUCCUUUCAUUUUGUGUUUAGCUGUAAGGCAGAAGUGAUUCAUUUAAUUUUUCUCCGCUGAUAACGCAGGCAAAACUAUGGUAGUGUCGGAGGAGGAAAUAAGUCAAAGAAAACUUUUGAAGCAUCGUGGCCGGAACGUCGCAUACCAUUUUCAGCUUCCGGCUUACGUGCAAAUAAUACGCCGUCUGAAUGCAGCUCCUCUGCUGGACCUGAACAUGGUAACGCUUCUGGAAGCUUUGUUGGAUCGGUUGCAAAAAAUAGCAGAUUUCAACAGCUAUCGGCCACCGGAUAUUUCUGAGGUUGACCUUCGUCAGCAGAAAGUGGCUUUUACGUUUGGCUGUGGUUUUUGCAAUGAAAAGGGUUUCAACGCCCGUCAAUCUCUUGAACACGUUAUGAAUGUUGAACACAAUCAAUUGAACCACAGACAGAUGAAGAAGCUUCAACGCUUCAAGAAGACCUCAACUGACAACUAUCAGGAAUUCCUUUUCAGAAGGCAUGAAAUGAUGGGGAAGAAUAACUUGCAACCGCAUCUGCUGGAUGGGUUGUUCGAUUUCUAUGUGAUGACGAAGAAUUUUCUUAAAAUGACCACUCGCUACUUGUCGUCGUUGAGCAAGCUGGAAUGGGCUCCAUCGAUAAUUGUCGCGCAAGGGGUUCUCGAUCUUUUGAACAUGAUCGAUUUGUUGCUAACCAAAUCAAAGUGCAUUGAAUCUGUUCCGCGAUUCACGACGAUACUGCAGCAACUGCUGCCAGGCGAACUACGGUUCGUCGGAAAUGGAAAAAUAUUCGACCACAUUCAAUCAGCAAUUGAUCACGUAGCGCUGGAUCAGGAUUGA